UUCCUACUCCUCCUCUAUUUCUCUACAAAAACUUUGCAAAUUAAAAAAAAAAAAUCCCAUGCAAUUCAUACAAAACACACAAUUCAUAGAAUUUUUUUCAUUUACAAACAAUCUCAUAAAAUUUUCACGAGCUACAAUUUAGUUAUUGAAGAAUUUUCUGGGUUUUUUAUUCAAGAAAAUUUCAUAAAGCACUAUAGUUUGUAGGCUAUUUACAGUACCCAGCUAAUUAUAAUUUGUAGCUACUGUUCAGUUGUUACCGCUUGUAUUACUUAUACUCUGUCAGACUUGUUCAGAAUUCUACUACAGGUUCAGUUCUUGAAAAAUGUUGCACGCAAAAUCAGAGUCAGAUGUAACAAGUCUAGCUCCAUCAUCACCUUCAAGGUCACCAAAGCGACCAGUUUAUUACGUACAGAGUCCUUCAAGAGACUCACAUGAUGGUGACAAAACAUCCAUGCAACCAACACCAAGUUUUAAUAGUCCUAUGGAAUCUCCUUCACAUCCAUCAUUUGGUCGACACUCUAGGAAUUCAUCGGCGAGUAGAUUUUCAGGCAUAUUUAGGUCGUCGUCCGGCAGGAAAAAUGGUCGGAAAAGGAAUGAUAAAGGGUGGCCUGAGUGUAAUGUGAUUCUUGAAGAAGGGAAGUAUGAUGAAUUGGAUGAUGAUAAGGGAUUAACGAGGAGGUGUCAAGCUUUGCUGGCGCUUUUGGGGUUUGUUGUUUUGUUUUCUGUCUUUUGCCUUAUCAUUUGGGGCGCUGGACGUCCUUACAAAGCUGAGAUUACUGUCAGGAGUUUAGCUGUAAAUAACUUCUAUGUCGCUGAAGGUUCGGACUUCACUGGAGUUGUAACUAAGAUGGUGACAGUGAACGGGUCGUUGAGAAUAAGCGUGCACAAUCCUGCUACAUUCUAUGGCAUUCAUGUUAGCUCUACCCCCAUCAAUCUCGUUUAUUCAGACAUCGUCGUUGCUAGUGGUCAGCUAAAAAAAUAUUUUCAACCGAGGAAGAGUAGGCGUACCGUGCUGGUGAACAUAGAAGCGACAAAGGUUCCCUUGUAUGGAGCUGGAUCAAGUCUUGAUGUAUCACCUAAUGGUGGUUUUAAAGUUCCAUUGAAGUUGGAUUUUGAAAUCAGGUCGCGUGGAGAUUUGGUGGGAAAAUUAGUUAGAACAAAGAAUAAAAAGGAAAUUUCAUGUGAUUUGGUGAUUGACUCUACUAGCAACAAACCUAUCAAGUUCAAGAAGAAUUCUUGUGUUUACAGCUGAAGAAGAUAUGAGUUUGCUUCAUUUUCAGUUUGUGUGCAGACAACUGUAAAAUUUUCUUCUUAGCGAAGUUCAAUUUCCACUUUGGGUGUGGCAAGCUUCUGUAAAAUUUCUCCUUUUUUUUUUUUUAAGCAAAGCAAGUCUAAUUUUGAGAACAAUAACAUGCGAAUAAAUUAGAAUUUCCACUUUGGUGUACAUAUGUAAGUUUGUUAUGAAUGAUCAAGUGUAUUCAACAUA